AGAAGCUAAAGGAGGGAUCAAGUCACAGCACACACAGUCAUAUUCACUCAGUUGCUCUGAGUCUCACUGCCCUAUCUCUCUCCCAUACACACUUAACAACUCUUGCGCACACGCGGAGACACACACUCGUUCAGCUGAGUUUAAGGGCAAAUCAGUCAAUAUUUUACUAGACCAGACUGUACAGGAAGGCAGAAACAAGAAGACAGACAAGAAAAUCUUGAGGUCUGUCCGUCUUUUCUUUUUGGAACUUUGAACUUGGACACACGGACUUGGAGAAGAAGUUGUUUUUUUCUUUUCACAGGUGGAUACAAACUUUUCCUAAACUCUUUGGGUCAAAAAAGCAACAAGGAAUUAGCUUUUUUUUUUCUUAUUUAUUGUUGGACUUUUGGACUUGGACUGGGCGAGAGCGCAAUAAGAGGAAGGAGAUGGGGAGAUGGACGUUACAUCUGUCAGUGGGACUCGGGCUACUAGCCGUCCUGUUGAACUACUAUUGUGCUGAAGCCAACUACUGCUUCGAUGCCAGGGAUGAGAGCUGUUCAGUAUGCCUGCAGUCUGGGAAAGACUGUGCCUACUGCUUUGAGGAGACCUUUGUUGGCCCUCGCUGUGACUUGCACCAGAAUAUAAUUGCCCAUGGCUGCAGUGCUGCGGCUAUUCUCACAGCUGCAGGUUAUAUGAAGGUAGAAAAAAGUCAAUCAAUCAACACAGCGCUUGCGCAGUCUCAAGUGUCUCCACAGCAGCUGAGAAUGAAGCUUCUGCCAGGAGAGGAGAAGCUGCUGGACGUGGAAGUGUUUGCGCCAACCAAAGGCCCUCUGGACCUUUAUAUUCUUAUGGACUUCUCCAAUUCCAUGGCUGACGAUUUGGACAACUUGAAGAGAAUGGGCACAAAGCUGGGUGAAUUGGUUAAAGAAUUGUCAAACGACCCCACCAUUGGGUUUGGAAAGUUUGUGGACAAAGUGAUCGAGCCCCAGACCGACAUGAGACCUGAAAAACUUAGAAAGCCUUGGCCCAACAGCGACCCUCCAUUCUCUUUCCAAAAUGUCAUCAAGCUGACCCCCGACGUGCCGUUCUUCAACUCUGAGCUCCAAAACGAAACAAUAUCUGGCAACCUUGAUGCUCCUGAGGGAGGUUUUGAUGCCAUAUUACAGGCUGCAGUUUGUGGGGAUGAGAUUGGCUGGCGUGACCUCGCAACGCAUCUCCUGGUGUUCUCCACUGAGUCAGCCUUCCACUACGAAUCUGACGGUGCUAACGUGCUGUCAGGCAUCCUGAAGCGCAAUGACGAGCUCUGCCACAUCAAGGACGGCAAAUAUAAAAACGCUACAAAUCAGGAUUACCCUUCAAUACCCACAUUGGUCCGAGUGCUGGGCAAACACAAUAUCAUUCCCAUCUUUGCUGUCACCAACCACUCCUACACCUACUACAAGAAACUGCAAACGUAUUUCCCCAUUGCUGAGGUCGGUCUGCUGCAAGAAGACUCAUCCAAUAUCCUGCAGGUCAUGGAGGCUGCCUUCAAGAGUAUCCGUUCUAAGAUGAGCAUCCGUACAGAGGACAAGCCCAAGGCUUUCGAGGCACAGUACUUGUCCAGUGGAGUCUAUUCAGAUUUCAAGGACUUUAAUCUCGACCCUGGAUCAGUAGGGAAAUUCAAGAUGCUGGUCAAAGCCCAGCGAAUGAUUGAUGAGCAGCCUGUCUGUCAGAGGACUAAGGAUGAAAAAGAGGGGACAAUGAGAGUAAAACCUACAACCUUUAACGCUGCCCUCAACAUUAAGGCCUCAGUUCUGUGUCCAACCUGCGAAUGCGAGCAGUCCGUCACCCCAAAGGCACCCAGGUGUUACGGCAACGGAGACCUGGUGUGUGGGAGGUGUGAGUGCUAUGAUGACUGGGUGGGUACAUUCUGUAACUGCUCAGCGAGUACUUCGUCUAAUGACAACAGCCAGUGUAUAGGUCCGGGCAUGAAGGAGCCUUGCUCAGGCCGUGGGGACUGCCUGGUGUGUGGAACCUGUGUGUGUCAUAACCCAGAACAGUUUGAAGGACCUUACUGUCAGUACGACAAGACUCAGUGUCCAAGAUUUGGAGGCUUCCUCUGCAAUGAACGUGGCUCUUGCGUUAUGGGUCAGUGUGCAUGUACUUCGGGCUGGGAGGGAGAUGCCUGCGAGUGUCCCAAGAGCAACCUGACCUGUCUGGAUAAUGAUGGCGGUAUCUGCAACGGGCGAGGUAAAUGCUUGUGUGGCCGCUGUCAGUGUCCCGACUCUGGUAUCGAAAUGACUGCAACCUGUGAGUCAAAUUUCCAGGCCCAGUUGGGCGUGUGCGAGGCUACAAGGAGUUGUGUCCAGUGUUGGGCCUGGAAGACAGGAGAGAAGAAAGAUCCAGAGGAGUGUAAAAAGUGUCCCUUCAAAUUUAAAUUUGUGGAUGAACUCAAAGAAGAGAGCAAGGUGCUUGAUUCGUGCAGUUUCCGUGACGAGGAUGAUGACUGUACGUACCAAUACACUGUCGAAAACUCUGCAGAUCGCAAUGUCAAAGACUUGGAGGUCCAGGUGCUCGAAAAGAAAGAUUGUCCUGCUGCUAGCCUUCUGUGGUUGCUCCCACUCCUCUUGUUCCUCUUAUUACUGCUGGCACUCCUGCUGCUCUGCUGUUGGAAAUUCUGCCCCUGCUGCAAAACCUGCUGUCAGAGCUGUCUUGCCCUGCUGCCUUGCUGUAAUAGAGGUCGCAAGGUUGGCUUCAAGGAAGAUGAGUAUUUGCUCCGCCAGUCUCUGCUCACCUCAGACCACCUGGACACACCAAUGGUAAGGACCGGCCCACCCAAAGGAACCGAUGUGGUUCGCUGGAAGGUCACGGAUAAUGUACACCGACCACCAAAUCACCCUCAGGCUCUGAUUAAACCCAACCCUAAAGAGACAAUCCAGUUCCCGAUCUCCCUCCGACUCAACAGGUUGUUCUCCGAGAACCUGUCUCGCCCCGAAUCCAGAGACGCUGAACAGCUCCGCAAGGACGUGUCCGAUAACCUAAAUGAGCUGUACAAGCAAAUUCCUGGCGCCCAGAAGGUGCAAAAAACUGCAUUCAGAAUGCAGAGAAAUGCCGGAAAAAGGCAGGACUACACCAUCAUGGACACUGUCUUAGCUGCUCCCCGCAGUAGCUACCCUGAUAUUGUCAAACUCACUGAGAAAAAUGUCCAGUCUGGAAACGUUCGUGAUCUCAAAGUGGUGCCCGGCUAUUACACUGUGGCCACAGACAGAGAGGCCACGGGAGCCAUAGAGUUCCAAGAGGGCGUAGAGUCAGUAGACGUUCACGUGCCUCUCUUUGUCAAGGAUGAAGAUGAUGACAAGAAGCAGCUACAGGUGGAGGCCAUAGAUGUGCCACUGGGCAUUGCUGAGAUUGGAAAACGUUUGGUCAACAUCACCAUCAUCAAAGAGCAUGCCUCCAGUAUCUUCACCUUCCUCCAGCCAGCCUACACCUACAGUAGGCAAGAUGGAGUGGCUAACAUCCCAAUUAGCAGAGAGAUCAUAGACGAUGGACGCACACAGGUCACGUACCGCACACGGGACCAAACUGCCAAGGAUAAGAAGGACUAUGUGGCUACGGAAGGAGACUUGACCUAUGGUCCUGGUGAGACCCAGAAAAUAGUGCCUGUUCGUCUGCUAGAGCUGUCUGAGAAAGAUGGCCUCCUAGAAGACAAACAGGUCAAGCAGUUUGUCAUGGAUCUCAGUAACCCACGGCAGGGUGCCAAGCUGGGACGCUACCCGAGAACUGUUGUCACCAUUGCAGACCAACCAGAGCCCAGUGUGAUUAUGUUCAAAAAGGGCACUCAGAACUUCACCACAUCUGACCCAACCUACACCAUCCCUGUGGUCCGCACUCGCAACCAGGACAGCCCUGCAACAGUGAAAUGGCGCACCAAGAAGGCCCAGCGCUUUGAGUUGUCUGGCCCUCUAAAGUUCAGUCCAGGAGAGACAGAGAAGAACAUAACAAUCGACCCAAAGGCCCACCCUGGCCCAGUUCAGCCAGAGACCUUCCACUUAGAGCUGUUUGACCCAAGUAGCAACACUUCUAUCGGAGAGAGGAAGACCACCCUUGUCAAUGUCACUGAUGGAGUUGCCAGAUCUCCAGAGACGGCCCAGUUGCAGCAGAAGGGUUUUGUAAGCCCGAAAGCCACCAGCCCUGGUGGUUACCUUCUCUCCCCAACAAACCUUAAGGCCAAAGCAACUGGACCCAGAAACAUCCGCCUCAACUGGGACCCAGUGUCUGGUAACCCCUUGGGGUACAAGGUAAAGUAUUGGAUCUAUGGUGACCCAGAGAAAGAUGCCCAGGUCUUAGAUGUGAAGACUCCUCAAGCCGAAUUGACCAAUCUGUAUCCCUAUUGUGACUAUGAGAUGCGAGUGUGUGGCUACAAUGCAAUGGGAGAUGGCCGCGAGACAGACAUUGUUAGCUGUCAAACACUGGAGGAUGUCCCUGGUGAACCUGGACGUCUGGCCUUCAACGUCAUCAGUCCAACUGUCACUCAGCUCAGCUGGGCGGAGCCUGCAGAGACCAAUGGCAACAUUACCGCUUAUGAGGUCAUCUACACACCCAUUGAUGAUGAUAUGAAGCCAGUGGGCGCCGCUAAGAAAGUAAAGAUUGACAACCCCAAGAAGCGAAUGCUGCUGAUUGAGAAUCUCCAGGACGCCCAGACCUACCAGUACAAGGUCCGUGCCAUGAAUAGCGUAGGCUGGGGCCCAUUCAGAGAUGCUACCAUCAAUCUGGCAUCACAGCCUGCCAGACCUCUGUCCAUUCCCAUCAUUCCAGAUAUCCCUAUUGUGGAUGCAGAGGCCGGAGAUGAGUAUGACAGCUACCUGAUGUACAGCAAUGAGGUGCUGAAGUCCCCUGCAGGCUCCAAGACACCCAGCGUCUCUGGUGAUGAUUACAUGAUGAAUGGGAAGUGGGACCAGAACUUCCUUUUCCCAGGAGGAUCAGCGACACGCAACUUGUCCGCAUCGUCAUCUCCUAUGUCCACUCUGAGCUCAAACUACAGAACGGGAGGCGGCUCCUAUACCACAGAAACAACCACCACCUACCUGUCCGGACCAGGAGGUGUUCGUAGACCUGACAUGAUGGGAGGAGUACACACAUCAGAGGUCAUCAUGAGGAAGCGCUCAGAGAACAGGGGUUACACAGAUGAAAACAUCCGGGACUCCAUCGUCAUGGGAGACGUGUCGGGCAAGUUCCCAGAUCUAGGUGGUUUCGGUUACACUGGGAUGCAGAGCAGCUCUCAGAGCCAGUUCAGCUACAGCCUGUCACAGGGUCCAAGGGCCAGGACCCAGUCUUCAGACGUCAAUGAAGCCCUAUAUAAUCUGGACAGGGUUCUCCAGGAUGCUCGACUUUCUCCAGGUGUACCAGACACUCCCAGCAGACUUGUGUUCUCUGCUCUUGGUCCCACCGCCCUCAAAGUCAGCUGGCAGGAGCCUCACUGUGAGAAAGACAUCCUGGGCUACUCUGUGCUCUACCAGCUGCUCAAUGGAGGUGAGAUGAAGCGCAUUAAUGUGACAAACCCUGCAGAGAACUCUGUAAUCAUCCAGGACCUGCUGCCUAACCACUCCUACCUAUUCAAGGUGAAGGCUCAGAGCCAGGAGGGCUGGGGCCCAGAGAGAGAGGGAGUCAUCACCAUCGAGUCCGCUGUCGACCCCAAGAGUCCCCUCAGCCCCAUGCCAGGCUCACCCUUUACUCUGAGCACUCCCAGUGCCCCAGGCCCCCUGGUCUUCACCGCUCUGAGCCCUGAUUCCCUGCAGCUCAGCUGGGAGAAACCUCGUAAACCCAACGGAGACAUCCUGGGCUACGUGGUCACCUGCGAACAGCUGCAUGGUGGAGGAGACGUACGUUCCUUCCAGGUGAACGGGGACAGUGCCGAGACCAGUCUGACCGUCCCAAACCUGACUGAGAAUGUUCCCUACAAGUUUAAAGUUCAGGCUCAAACCACACAGGGCUUCGGUCCUGAGAGGGAGGGCAUCAUCACCAUCGAGUCUCAGGAUGGAGGUGCUAUGUCUGGGUACAGCAGCCAAGCAAUGACAAGGAGGGAAGUUUUCCAGUUGCCGACAGAGGUCAGCACACGGACCAAUGUCUCCCACACCAUGCUCAACGACCCCUACUACUCAGAUGGGAUGAUGAUGACCACACAGCUCUCAGAGACCAGUGGCAUGGUGACCCGUCAAGUCACCAAGGAAGUGGUUCAGAGGAGCGUCAUGGGAGGAACCACCGUCACAAAGAAGAUGUUUUAUGAAUCUUAAGAUCUUAUUUAACGACGCCCAAAUUAACAGCCAAAGGUCCAACAUGAUGAGGAAUCAUAUCUGAGAUUCUCUUUUAAAAAGAGUCGGCUUCAGAGUGCUCACACACGAUCAGUGUAUGUUUUUAUAUGUGUGUGUGUGUGUGUGUGAGAUUCUGCGACCAAAAAAGAUUGCAUGGAAUGAAUAGAUGGAGAGAGAUGGCCGUUCUCUUACGUCUGUUACAAACUGUGGCCACUUUCCUCAUUUUAUUAUUUCCAGUCAUUUUUUAUUGUUGCUUCCGAUGUAUUUAAUUUCAGUUUUUUCCACUGAGCAGAUGAUUUAGUGUUUAGCUCCACUCCCUCUGUCGGCUCAGAUCUGGUAACACACACUGGGGCUUUAAAUCAGGGCCAGCACGGGCCAGUAAUCUGACUGCGGCUCAGUAAUCCAAAGUGACCUUGUUCCCUCGUCUCCUGUCCUCCUCCCACUGCCUUUCCAAGAUGUUUUGUCCACGUGCGAGCUGUUUCAGGUUAAACCCACCAAAUUUCAACUUCACCGUCUUUUUACGAUGCAUGUUUGCAAGAUGUGGAUGUUUUAUCCUGAGUGAUCGAGAUUAUAAAAGUGGUGUAUUUGGGUCUUUUGUUCAUAGAUUUGUAUUAUAUUAAAGUGUGAUCGUUUUUCCCGAGUAUAUUUAAUACUUUUUAAGAUUUUUUUUUUAAGCAGACUGACAUCAAAUUUAAUGCCAAAUAUAGAGGUGUUUCUGCAGACACAAGUUGGUGCUUGUGUUGCUCAUUUAUAUGCACAUUUCCUACUGACAUGCAUGAUUUUACAACAGCGAAAAGAUCAAAAACCUAUUAGAUGUAACAUGUUUUUUGCAUUUCUACAAGAUGUUUUAUACUCAAAAGUGCUAUACACUGCUUCAAGUUGAUACUUUUAAUUUGCUUCUUUAUACAGCAAGGCCAUUGUCGGCCAUUUCGAGUCGAUUAACAUUUGGACAAUGAGAUAUCGGUGUUUUAGAAAAUCGGUACGUAAAGACAGAAAGAUUGUAUUUGCUGCGAUGCAAGUCCUACUGUAUUUUGGCUCCAUGUUUUUUUGAAAUUGCUUUUGUAAGACACAAAUACGAGAGGAUAUUUUUGUCAGGAAAACAUGAUGUUGAUGAGUGGACGAACAUUUCACCAAAAACACUUGCAGUUAAGUAUUCAUGUGCAUUUGAUCAGCAGUAUCACUUAUAAGCAGUUGAACUUACGUUUUUGCAUUGUUUCUUUUUUUGUAUGUCAAUUCUAUUGCACUUAAUAAAGAUUUGAAAUAAA